CAUAACAUUGGCCACGCGAAUUUCCAAAAUCGUCGAAAGAUUUUCAACUGGUUAAUUAUCGGCAACGCGUUGGCCCGAGGCAGUGAGCUACAACGAGUCUCGGUGCAAGCACAAUAAUUCGGCGUACGUGCUUUAAACCCGUCAAGCUGCCUGCAGUGUCGUAACUUUCAAGCUGUGCACAUUUUUUAAAAUAGUUUCCGCCAGUACUGCAGGAGAAAAAAAAAACGAAGAAAAAAAAGAGAAAAAAUCCGUGCGCGACCGUACACGCAGAGUAGCGAAAAAAAAACGAGUGAAAUUCGCGUGUGUCCGUUUCUCGGCGUGACGUACGGUUUUGUUUCUCAACCCUGAACUCGCAAGAAAAAUAGAGUGCUGGCGCGUGGUCAGAUCGUGGAGUAGAUGCCGAGGCACAGUUGACGUUUUGCAAAGAUGCAUCGAUGCUCCAUACUGUUGCUAUGAAGCAACAGUCGGUCUGCGAGAAAGUUGAAAUUCAACCUGCUCUUCUGUCAAAAUGUGCCUAUGAAAUUUAAUUCCUGCCGUUGUUUAAUGUGUUGUUAUCUGUGAGAAUAUUAGUGUUCCAAAGAUUACUUUUGUGCAGUUGAAAUUCGAAAUCUUUUAAAAAAAUUUAAAGUUGAAAUUCAUGGCUGUAAUUUGAUACUACUUGAAAAUCAUCGCUCUCAAAUUAUAGUAGCUGAGCCUCGACGAAAGCUCAAUGAUGUUACAGCAUGUGUAAAGCGUGAAAACUUACAACGAUAAUCUUUUAGCCGUCGUCGCUCGCAGUACCUCAAGCUUUCAGCAAUUACAGCACCCAGCGACAUAAUGGCCGAAAAUCUAUCGGACAAAGAUGCGAUCCGGAAUUCGCAAACUUCGAACGUUACUCGAAGGAGUGUGACCUCUCGAAGAGAUGUCCUUAGAGCAGGACAUUUGGAGUCAUCGGUUCACGUGAAAUCCAUAAAAAGUACUGUGGCGAGCGCUGCUGUGGAAAUGCAAGCGAUUGUUAAAGAACUUAUAGAAACCGAAGUCGAAUUUGGGCGUGACAUAAAUUUGGUUGUGGAACGCUACGUCAAGCCACUCGACAAUCCAAAUGUUCCUGCUGCAGUAAGGGAUAACAAACAAACAAUUUUUACAAAUUUUCAACAAAUAGCCGAUUUUCAUAAUACGGUUUUGAUCGAGGGUGUUAAGUAUUAUGCUGACCAACCGAAUUUGUUAGGAAAAACGUUUUUACGAUUGGAAAGGGACUUUGAUAAACAUGUAGCUUAUUGUAGAGAUGAAGUUGUAGCUCAAGAAUUAUUGAAGAACAACAAAGUGAUUAGCGAGUAUUUUGAGGAUCUAAGUAAUAAACUAGGAGAUGAUAAGAGUAUAUCCGAGCACCUGAAACUACCUAUACAAAGAAUCAACGACUAUCAGCUUCUAUUAAAGGAACUAGUUAAACAUUCGAUUUCUUUAAAAGAGGACAGUCAUGAUUUGCAGAAGGCUUUGGAAUUGAUGCUUGAAAUUCCUCACCGAGCUUCUGAUGUUAAAUUUAUAAGUAGCAUUGAAGGAUAUAGUGGUAAUAUCCACAAACUUGGUAGAUUAUUAGCUCACGAAUGGUUUACAGUAACUGAUAAAGAAGGCAAAGCAAAAGAAAGAUAUCUAUUUCUUUUUAAAUCUCGUAUCCUUAUUUGUAAAGUACGACGUAUAUCGGAAGACAGAUCUGUUUUUCUAUUAAAGGAUACACUCAAAGUACCCGACGUUAAAGCUAUAGACGCGCCCGAUGACAAAUUCGCGUGGAAAUUGAUCAUCUCAGACGACACGAAUACGAAAGAAAAGCAACAGACGCUAUCGUUGACUGCGCACAAAGAAGACGUCAAGUCAUUUUGGAUCGGUGAAAUCGGCAAAAUUGAAGAUAUUUCGGUGGUUGAUGCUGCUGCUGCCAGUCUCGUGAAAACUAGCAACGCCAUGUCCCACUCUGACAGUCGACUUGUCGAGGGGGCCAAAAUAGUCGAAGAAAUGUCUUUCGCGGCUUCGUCGAGCAGUAAAAUUGGAACUGAAAUAUCGUCUUCCUACAUGAUGAGUUCGAAGACGCAAGAAUUCAUGGCUAGUAAAACUACCAUCGAAACGAGUAGGUCAGAGCUGAGAAUGGAAAGCUCCAGCUCUCAGAUGGAGUUGCAGUCUGGCGAAAACGGCAAACCACAGUUUGAAAAAACGAUCGAAGGUUGCCAAGUCGAACCUGGCGAGUGUGCCGCAUUCGAAUGCGUUUUGAAGCCCAAUCAAAGCCCAACGAGCAUCUUAUGGCUCAAGGACAACAAACCGAUGAACGACAAACUUGCCGACCGCGUAAAGACCCAAGCCGAUGGUCGUACCUUCAAGCUGGAGGUUGACAAUGUCAUGGAAUCGGAUUCCGGCAUUUACAUCGCGAGAGCUGCAAACGAGCACGGUCAAGCUACCUGCACCGCCCAACUCUAUGUUCACGAGCUGAGCCUCGAAGAGAAGAAAGCUAGAGCGGAUGCUAAUUCGCCGACUUUCCUCGUUCGCUUGAAGAAUACUGAGAUAUUGGAAAACACUUAUCUACGUUUCAUGAUCAAAGUAAAGGGUGACCCCAAUCCUGAGCUCAAAUUCUACAAAGACGACGAGUUGAUUGAGCCGAGCAACGAGCGCGUAAAAAUCUUUUCCGACAAAGCGGAACAUGGCUUUUACGAGAUCGUCAUACCCAAUGUUCAGCAAAAAGACGCCGGCAAGUAUACUUGCAAAGCCAUCAAUCGUUUUGGCGAGGCUUCGAGCGAGGCUACAGUCACUGUGACCGACGAAAAAGUCAUCUUCGCGGGAUUACCCGAGGGCUCCUACGAAUUGGGCACCGAUCCUAAGUUCAUUUGGACCCGAGAUGGAGUGCCCUUCGAUCCGGAGGAGAGAUUCAAGGUCCUCUUCAAAGACAGCGAGGAUACCCUUGCGCUCGUUUUUCAACACGUCAAGCCGGAAGACGCCGGUUUGUACACGUGUGUGGCCCAGACCAGUACCGGCAAUAUCAGUUGCAGUGCCGAGCUGACCGUUCAGGGAACGGUGAAUCAGUUGCUAAAAGAACCAGCCAAGCCGACAUUAGAGACGGAAUCAAAAACAUCGGAAGUCAGCACAGGAGGAUCUGCUAUGUUGGAUCUUCAGGUAAAAGGUUUUCCAAAGCCAAACAUCAAGUGGACAAAGAAUGGACAAGAGAUACUGGCUGGCGGCAGGAUAAAGUAUCUUUGGGAGGACGAAGAGUCUCUGUCGUUGGUCAUCAAAAACGUUACGGUCGAAGACGCCGGCAUUUACAAGAUUUACGCCAAGAACGAGCUGGGCGAGGAUAACACUCAAAUAGAGUUGAUCGUUAAAUCUGCGCCCAAAAUCAUUAAGCGUAUGAGCGAUAUGUCGGUACUUCGGGGCGAAACCGUCAAUAUGGCGGUGCAGAUUCAAGGCUCCCCUGCACCCAACGUCAGAUGGUACAAAAACAAUCAGCCUAUAGAAAAAUCGAGUAGAAUCAAGUUCGGCGUCGAGGGCAAAGACACCUAUACGUUGACCAUCAGCGACGCUUGUUUGGACGACGUUGCCUCCUAUUCGAUCGUAGCUAAGAAUGAAAUCAAUGAAACGUCGCAAUUCUGGAAGUUGUCGGUGAAUUAUCCACCGAAAAUAACGACUCCUUUGAAAGAUUUCCAACUGAUUGAAGAAGGAGAUAGCUUAACUUUGAGCAUCGAGAUACAGUCGGACUUUGAGCCUACUGUGACUUGGAAAAAGGACAAAAAGAUCGUCGAGGCAGACGACCGCGUGACUUUGCUGCAAGACGGAAACAAGUACUCUUUGCAAAUCAGCAAGGCAAUCGAUACCGAUACAGCCUCUUAUACGGUCGAAGUGAAAAAUAAGGACGGUAAAGUCAGCAGCACUGGCGCGAUUCAAGUCCGUUCAGCUCCGCUAUUCCGUAAAAAGUUGGAAAAUAUCGUUGCCACGGAACUGCAAGCGAAUAUUGAAUUGGUCACGCAAAUCGAAAGUUUUUCAAAGCCCGAAAUCGCGUGGUUCUACCAAGCUAAGCAAAUCACCGAGGAAAGCAAAGAAUACACCAUGGUCGAAGAUGGCAAUAAUUACAAGUUGAUCAUUAAAGCGGCAAAAGUUGAAAAUGCCGGAAAAUAUACGUGCAAGGCUAAAAACGAAAUUGGAGAGAGCAAUACCUCGGCAUCGUUGGUCGUUCAUUACAGACCAAAACUGAUUAAGAAAUUGUCCGAUCAGAAGGUCAAAGAAGGCGACACGAUGAAGUUGUCUGUUCAAGUGUCUGCCGUACCGGAACCAGAAGUCAAGUGGUACAAGGACGGUCAAGAGGUAGUAGCGGAUACGGAUGCUCGAAUCAAGAUUACCAGGGACAGCAAGAGAAUUGAAAAUUACGAUUUAACUUUGAAUUUGCUAAAAGGAACUGACGGUGGUGUCUAUGAAGUACGCGCCUCCAACGAAUUAGGAUUCGUCAGUAGUAAGAGCAAAGUCAUCGUUCUGACGCAUACCGAAGAUUCCGAGAUCGACAGUGCCAAAAAAGUUGAGGAAGUCCCGCAACAGGAACCUAAAAAAGCAGAACCUGAGUCAUCUCCGGUUAUCAUCAGCUCGAACUUGGAGGAUCGAGACAUUUACGAAACGCAAAGUACAGAUUUCGAAAUCAAUGCUACAGGUCUGCCUAGACCAGAUGCGAAAUGGUAUAAGGAUGGAGAACCUCUGAGAACUUCAAAAACAGUGCAGUACUCUAACGUAGGGGAAAUAUUUACUUUGACCUUCACAAAAGCUAUCGAGGCAGAUUCAGGAUUGUACAGCUGCAUAUUCACAAAUAAACUGGGAGAAAAAAUGGUCGAAGGCUUUUUGAACGUCGAGCCGGUUGACGAGCUCAGAAGACCAAAGAUAAUUGAACCCCUGAAAGACGCCGACACCGACGAGGGAACGACCGGAGUAUUCAAGGCCGUAGUUACUGGCGAUCCAGUUCCUGACGCUGAAUGGUAUUUCAAAGACAAGCUCAUCGACUCCGAGUUCAAGAGACACACCGCUAAAGUUGAAAGCGAGCAGAUCGAAGACGCACUGAAACGAUGCACUUACACUCUAGAAAUUGCCGAGUGUAAUCCCGAAGACGUUGGAAAUUACACGCUGAAAGUCACCAACAGCUAUGGAGAAGCAUCGUGCAACGCUGACUUGGACUUGCGCAUCGUGCCGAUCUUCGAAGAAUUCAAAGAUCUAACGGCUCCAGUAGGCGAGCCUCUGGUUUGGGAGGCAACUAUCAAGGCAAAUCCAAAGCCCAAAAUCACCUGGACGUACGAUGGAGUGGACGUUACCGAGAACGCAAGAUUUUCCACCGAAGAAGAUUACAAGAAGAAGAAGUACCAGCUGAAGAUCAAGGAAGUGGAAAUCAAAGACAGCGGACACUAUACGAUCAUAGCGUCCAAUGAAAUGGGCGAAUCUAGCCAAAAGGCACAUCUCAAAACGUUCGUUGAAGCGCCAGAGUUUACGAAAUUGUUGAAGAACUUUGAAUCCGUUCGAGAUCAGAACAAUUACGAUGCCGAAGUGCGAGUGACCGGCUAUCCUCGACCGACAAUGACGUGGAUGAAAAACGGCGUGGAAAUCAAGGACGACAUGAGAAACACGAUCGUGACGAGCGUCGAAGGGCCGGAGGUCGUGAGCAAGUGGAGCAUCGAGCACUUUGGCGAGUCCGACGCCGGCAAUUACUCGUGCCAAGCGUCGAACAUGGCCGGCUCCGUGGAGACCAAGUGCGAGCUCAGCUUGACUCGUUUCCCACCCAAGUUCUUCCAGAGCCUGCCACCCUCUCUGGAUCUCGAUCAGGAGGAGCCGCUCGAGUUGUUCGCCAAGUGCGACGGCAGCCCCAUACCCACGGUCGCUUGGUACAAAGACGGCGAGCUCAUCGUGCCCGAUGACCACGUGAAGAUCGAGGUGUUGCCCGACGGGACGAUGCGCUUGUCGAUCGAACACGUCAAGCCGACCGAUUCGGGUGCUUACAAAGUCGUGGCUUCCAAUACCGGCGGAGACAAUCCGUCGCAGUGUUCCGUAGCUGUAAAACCCAAGUCGAGAAAGCCGUACUUGAAGAAGCCUCUGGGCGACGUAAAAGCGGUCGUCGGAGAGCCUCUGAAAUUCGAGGUGCAAGUCGUAGCUUUCCCCAAUCCACAGGUGCAAUGGUUCAAGAACGACCUUCCACUGAGACCAUCGAAGGACAUCUACUUCAGCAACGAUCCGAAUGGUUUGCUCGGUCUAUCGAUCGAUAAGCUACGCUUGGAAGACGCCGGAGUUUACUCGGUCGUGGUGUCCAACGAUUUGGGAGAAACCGUUUCCGCUGCUACGGUCUCGGUCGAAGAGAACGAGAAGAAGCCCGAGUUCGCGGCGACUUUGCAACCGAUGAAGGUGGUCGAAGGAUUCCCGGCCAAGUUCCAAGUGAAAACCCUGGGCGUGCCACCUCCGAGUUUGUCCUGGAUGCACAACGGAAAAGAGAUCGUUCCGGACGGCGAACACAUUAAAAUCGUCGACUUGCCCGACAACGGUCAAGCUUUGUUGAUCGACCGCGUGGGCGCCGAGGACGUCGGCGAGUUCGAGGUCGUCGCCAAGAACAGCCAAGGAGACCAGUCGUGCAAAGCCAAGCUCGAGAUCGUCGAUAAAUCUCGCGCCGAUGGACCCGAGGAGAAGCCCCAACUGCUCUCUACCUUGCAGGACGUCAACGUCGAGGAGGGCGAGCCCCUUAAACUGGAACUUUUGUACAGCGGAAACCCGGUGCCCGAGAUCAACUGGACGAAGGACGACCAGCCGCUGGCCAACUCCGACAACUGCAUCCUGAGCUGCGACGAGAAGAAGAUAAGCUUGGAGAUCAAUCCUUGCAGUCCAGCGGACGCGGGCGUCUACAGCUGCGAAGUGCGCAAUCCUCUCGGAGCGGACAAGAGCAGCGCCGAGGCGACCGUGCGCAAGAUCUAUCAGGCGCCGGUGUUCAUGCAGAAGUUCACGGAUCUCCAGCAAGCGCUGGGCAACGACGCGAAAUUCGUCGCUCGAGUCAGUGGCAAGCCGAUUCCGGAGAUAAGCUGGUACUUCAACGACAAGCUCAUCAUUCCCGACGGCAACAAGUACAAAGUGAAGCGCGACGGCGAGACCUACUACUUGUACGUGAAGAAUUGCUCCUACGACGACAACGGCAGCUACAGGUGUCGCGCCAGCAACAAGGAGGGUAAAGCCGACUGCGAAGCCACUUUGAAGGUCGUCGAGCUAUUAUCAGACAAGAAGCAAAAGGUGGAGGCGCCAUCGUUCCUGAAACGCGUCGGAGAUUGCGAAGUUUACAAAGGCAUGACGGCCAAAUUUACCGCCUGUAUCACUGGCUAUCCGGAGCCCGAGUUCGAGUGGUAUCGCGACGAUACGAAACUCUGGCCCACCGAUCGCAUCCUCAUCGAAGACGAAGGCGCCGGCUUGGUCAGACUCUCGAUUUACCACGUCGACGAAGACGACGCAGCCAAGUAUACGUUAAAAAUAUUCAAUCCUUACGGAGAGGCCAAGUCCACCGGAGAGAUGCUCUUCGAGACUCUGGAGCCCCGUUCCAAGAGGCUCGUGGAUCAGUACGCCGAGUACGACAAGUAUCGGAAAUCCGGCCUGCCCAUGCCACUGGCCGAGCGGCCCAUAAUCAGCCGCAUGAUGGACCGACAUCUGACGCUGUCCUGGAAGCCGUCGAUCCCGUCGAUGCCCCGGCUGCCCGUCACCUACCAGGUCGAGAUGUGCGAGCUGCCCGAGGGCGACUGGUUCACCGCUCGCAGCGGCAUACGCGGCUGCGUCUGCGACAUUCGCAAUCUCAUACCCUUCCACGACUACAAGUUCCGCGUGCGAGUCGAGAACAAGUACGGCACGAGCGAGCCCUCGCCCUUCGCCCAGACCUAUCGGGCCAAGCUCGAACCGGAGCCGCCCAAGUUCUAUCCGUACCUGCCGCCGGGCAUCGAUUUUCGCCCCGAGACCAGUCCCUACUUUCCCAAGGACUUUGACAUCGAGAGGCCGCCGCACGACAAUUACGCCCAGGCGCCGAGGUUCUUGCGCCAGGAGUGCGACACCCAGUACGGCGUGAAGAAUCAGAACUCCAAGCUGUUCUGGUUCGUCUACGGCUAUCCCAAGCCCAAGAUGAAGUACUACUUCAACGGCCAGCUGAUCGAGUCCGGCGGACGAUACGAUUACACGUACACGCGAAACGGCCAGGCGACCCUCUUCAUCAACAAGAUGCUGGAGCGCGACGUCGGCGAGUACGAGGCCGUGGCCACCAACGAGCACGGCGAGGCCAGGCAAAGGGUCCGACUCGAGAUCGCCGAGUAUCCGAGAUUCAUCACUCGGCCCGAGGUCGUCUACGCCAUGGUCAGGAAGAACGCCAAGAUCGAGGCCAGGGUCACGGGGGUGCCGUACCCGGAGCUCAAGUGGUACAAGGACUGGAAGCCUCUGGCUCCGUCGACGAGAAUAAAGAUCCAAUUCGUCGAGCCGGACCUCUCGAUUUUGACGAUCGAAGACGUCAUCAUGAAAGACGCGGGUCUCUACUCGCUGUCGGCCAUCAACGUGGCCGGCUGCGCGUCCAGCUCGGCCAUGCUACACGUCGACGAGAACGAGGCCGAGUGGCGUUACAAGAACUACUCGACCAAGGACGACAUCAAAGCUCGGCCGAGACCUCUGAUCGAGGACUACGAUCUGGGCGACGAGUUGGGCCGCGGCACCCAAGGCGUGACUUAUCACUGCGCCGAGCGAGCCACCGGCAAAAACUACGCCGCCAAGAUCAUGCAGGGUCAAUCGGAGCUCAGGAACUUGAUGUUGAACGAGCUCGAGGCGAUGAAUAGCUUGAACCAUCGCAAACUGCUGCGUCUGCACGAUGCCUUCGAGACCGAUCGAUCCUUCACCCUCGUCAUGGAGCUUGCCGGAGGCAACGAACUCGUGGAUAAUAUCACGAAAAAACCAUUCUACACCGAGAGGGACGUUGCAUUUUACGUUCGUCAAAUUGUUGAGGGUCUCGAUUACAUGCACCGUAACGGAUGGGCUCAUCUUGGACUGACUUUGAGCGAUUUAUUGAUAUCCCACCCCGGAGGAGACGACUUGAAAAUCGGAGACUUUGGUUUGGCACGAAGAAUCGUGAGGAACAAGCUGAUGACUCUGAUGUACGGCAUGCCCGAAUUCGUUCCGCCCGAGGUGCCGAACGGCGAGGGCGUCGACUACGGCAUGGACAUGUGGAGUACGGGAAUCAUCACGUACAUCCUCCUCUCGGGCAUAUCGCCGUUCCGAGGCAUCAACGAUCGGGAAACCCUCACAAAGAUCAAAGAGGGCAAGUGGAAUUUCGAGGACGAGUCGUGGACCGGCAUCUCCGACGACGCCAAAGACUUCAUCCGUAAGCUGCUGGAGUACCAAUCGGAGAGGCGCAUGGACUCGGAAACGGCCCUGCGUCAUCCUUGGCUCAACUACGGAGACGGUGCCCACCUCGAGGGCCGCAAGAUACCCUCGGAAAAUCUCAAGAACUACUACAUACACUACCGCGACUGGUACAAGAACGCCUCGUGCAGGACCUGGUACCGUAGACGUCGUCUGAGCAGUGCCUUCGAGCAUCCCUCGAAGAUGGUCUAUCCGCCGGGACACAGAUACACGCCCGAGAGGAGCCCCGAGCGCAUCUACGUGCCCGAGAAGAAGACGCUGCCUCUGAGCACGUGGGAGGAUCGCACGCCCUCGAGGGAGCCCAUCGAUACGGAAAUAGGAAUAAUUAAGAGCGAAAGCCAUUAUCAAAACGGACCUGACACGUAUCUGCUGCAGUUGAGGGACACCGAUUUCCCGGUGAGAUUGCGCGAGUACAUGAAAGUAGCCAACAGACGAGGCACCGGUUGCCCGAGGACUUUCUCCGACGAAGCUUACGACUGGAGGACGCCGGUGAUUCGAGAGAGACGACGAUUCACGGACGUCAUGGACGAGGAGAUCGACGACGAGCGACGACAACGCAUCAACCAGUACGGCAACAUCGAGACGGCCGGGGGAAUACGUCGGUUGCGGCACGAGCUCGGCACGCGCCUCGACAGCUACAUCGAGGCCGAGGCCCUGCUGGAGAACAAGCACGCGAGCGGCCAGCCGCCGUUCCUGCGCGAGAAGCCCCAGCACCGACCGGUCCAGGAGGGCGAGGCCGCCCAGCUCUCGUGUCUGGCCGUCGGCGAUCCCAAGCCCCUCGUCCAGUGGUUCAAGAACGACUGCCUCGUGCAGGAGAGCAAGCGGCUGCGCAUCGAGGAGGACGCCGAGGGCCGCUCCAUACUGGCCAUCGAUCCGAUCCACGAGCACGACAUCGGCCUCUACAAGGUCGUCGCCAGGAACAAGCACGGCCAGACCGUGGCCAGGGCGAGGCUCAUCUGCGCCACGACCCCGAGCACGCCCGACGCUCCCGACUCCGCGGACGUCUCCGACAGCGAGAUCCUGCUGCGCUGGAAACAGCCCAAGUUCGACGGCCACUCGCCGGUCCUCUGCUACUCGCUGCAGUACAGGAAGGGCGACGCCUUCGAGUGGCUCGACCUCGGCCAGAACAUCAACCACGAGUUCUUCCUGGUGCACGAUCUGCUGCCCAAUACUAGUUAUAAUUUCCGCAUAGCCGCCAGAAAUCGUCUGGGCUGGAGUCAGUUCAGCGUCACGUCGCGCCUCAUAAAGACCCGAGCUACUCAGGAGGAGGUGCCCAAGAUCCAACUGACCAAGGCCAUGAAGCUCCAGCAGCAGCUCAUGGAGUCCGGUCAGCCAAUCCCGGACGAGGAGCCGCGAGUCAAGCUGGAUUACGCUUUGGAGCUGGCCAAUCCCGUCUGGGACACUCAGACAAACAUCUUUGACAAGUACAAUUUCGUCUCGGAAAUCAGUCGAGGACAGUUCUCGGUCGUGGCAAAAGCCAUUGAACGGCCCAACGGCGCGAUCGUGGCUGCCAAGAUUUUCCAAGUCAAUUCGGAAACCGAACAAUCGGUCAAAGACGAGUUCGAGAUCCUGGCCAAAUUGAGACACGAAAGGAUAGCGGUACUCGAGUCAGCCUACAACCUCCACGACAAAUCGAUGGCCAUAUUCAUAAUGGAGAGACUGCAGGGCGCGGAUGUGCUGACCUAUCUGUCGAGCCGGCACGAGUACUCGGAAAAUUGCGUCGCCAAUAUAAUCACGCAGGUGCUCGACGCUGUGCAGUAUCUGCACUGGCGCGGAAUCUGCCAUUUGAACAUUCAGCCGGACAACGUGGUCAUGGCCUCCUUGAGAUCGAUUCACGUGAAGCUCGUGGACUUUGGCUCGGCGCGCAAAGUCUCCAAGUACGGAACACAGGUGCCAAAGGCACAGGUGCAUCCGGAAUACAUCUCGCCCGAGGUCCUCAACGACGAACCCGCGUAUCCGCAAUCGGACAUAUGGCAGGUUGGAGUCUUGGCUUACGUACUUCUAUCGGGAGUAGCGCCUUUCCAGGGGGAAAACGCUACGGAAACUAGGCAGAAUAUCUUGUUCGUGAGGUACCGUUUCGAGUACCUCUACAAAGAGCUCACUCAGGAGGCUACCCGCUUUUUCAUGCUGGUUUUCAAACGCUGCCCGAGCAAACGGCCGACCGCCGAAGAGUGUCACGAUCACAGAUGGCUCAUGCCGUCGGAUUACAUGCUGAGGAAACGAGAACGCUCGAUAUUCCUUGGAAAUCGCUUGAAGGAAUACAACGAGGCAUAUCACGCACAAAAGAGCGAAAAGGCGAUACAGAGCGAUUUUCCAUACAACGCGCUUGGAGCACCGCAAAAGCUCGCUCGAUCAACCAGCAUAGUAGAUGAAUUACUCACGACAUUCUAAUACUUUCAUACGAAUCAUACAAUUCAUUAUAUCUGCUCGAUUCAGCUUUUUUCAAUUUCAAAUUUCAACUUUGCAACAUUUUAUCAAUUCAUCGCUCAAACUUUGUCAUUUUUCAUGUAGAACAUACAAGUAUGCCAUAAGUUGCAAAAUGCCUUCAUAAUAAAGUUUUAAUUUAUUCCAAUGGAAUAUUGCAAUUCAUGUACCAUUUAUAAUGUGCUGUGUAAAAUUCAAAUACGAUUUUUUUGACUGUAAAUAUAAAAAAAAUGUAAAAGAUAAUAACCAGUAUUUGGACCGCAAUGAUCGAAAUUAUGGAAAAAAAAUUUAGAAAGAAUUAAUCUAAUGAAAAAAUUACAACGUAA